AUGUUUGUUUCUCGCGAAGGAUCGCACCAAGUGGUGGCAACAGCAGAUCUUGUGGAUGGUCUUUACGGGCUUCAAACAGCUCAUCGAUCAGCCAAUACGGCAACAAGCGGAUGCAACGGUGUCGACUUACAUGCGCAAUUGGGACACGCUCCAGCUGAUGUGCUUCGCAAAAUGGUGGCCACGAACAUGAUCAAGGAUGUGAAGGUACCUCUCACGUCAAGUGGAUCAAGCGCGUGUCGAGGAUGCCAACAAGGGAAAUGGUCCAAAAACCAUUCUUACGCAACCAAAGACAAGAGCAGCUACGACACCUUUGAGCUACUCCACUUCGACAUAUGCGGACCCAUGGAGAUGAACUCUCUGGGUGGCAGCAAGUAUCUACUGCUGAUCGUGGACGAAGCCAGUGGAUGCAUGAAGGGUUCUUGCCUAAGUGUGAAAUCGGAGAGUGAGAACUACACCACACGAUACGUCACGAUGGUGCCAGCGCAGCUUGGCAAGAAGGUCAAGUUCGACACGACGAAGCCCGCGAGUUCGCAACCAACUCGCUUCAACUGUUCUACGAAGAUGAAGGCAUUGAGCAACAAACGAUAG